CACACACACACAAACACACACACAUACACACCGAGGAUGAGCACCGCACGUCAGGAUGAGGAGAAGCCCCGCGUGAAGCUGAUGCCCCCCCCGGGUUUCGGGCUGGAGAAAGCUCGGCUGCAGGGCUCUGGAUUCCGGAUCACCGACCUGCUGGGGCUGGAGUCGGACCUGCAGGGGGGGUCCAGGGGGUCUGCAGGAUCUGGGACGCUGGUGGAUCCUCCCGGAGUAGCGGGGGGUCUCGGAGGCUUCUCCUUCCCGGGGGCGUCUCUUCCUCUCGGCCUCGGGUUCCUGUGCAGCCUGGCGGCCCAGCAGCCCCCUCCCUGCUUCCUGCCGAGUCACCUGUUACAGGCCCGGGCAGACCCGCACUACCUGCAGAACCUGGAGGCCCAGCGGGACGCCUACUCAGAUGAAGAGUGUCUCUCUGACAGAAACGACUCGAAGAGCUCCGCUAACUCUCAGAAGAGAAAGAAGAGGAGACACAGGACGGUGUUCACCUCCCACCAGCUGGAGGAGCUGGAGAAGGCCUUCCAUGAGGCUCAUUACCCGGACGUUUACGCCCGAGAGAUGCUGGCCAUGAAGACGGAGCUGCCAGAGGACCGCAUUCAGGUGUGGUUCCAGAACCGCCGGGCGAAGUGGCGUAAGCGGGAGAAGUGCUGGGGCCGCAGCAGCGUCAUGGCAGAGUACGGCCUCUACGGGGCGAUGGUGCGUCACUCCAUCCCGCUGCCCGAGUCCAUCCUCAACUCCGCCAAGAACGGCAUGAUGGGAAGCUGCGCGCCAUGGCUGCUCGGUGAGCCGCAUGCACGAAUGCACAAGAAGUCUAUCGAAAUCACCAAGAAGUGUCUGAGCCCUCAGGGGAACGACUCCCCCCGACACGAGUCCUUCUGCGAUGGCCCGGAGCGACAGGCCGGUGCCGAGGAGGCGAGGGAGGUGGGGGAGGAGGAAGAGGAGGAGCUGCAGAUGGAGGAAGAGGAGGCGGAGGAGGAAGCCAUCGACCUGUCCAGCUCGUCGAAGCAGCAGGAGGAGGGGGGGGGCGGGGAGAAACACCUCGUCGCCUGCGGCGACAGAGCGCUGGCGAGUCGGAAGAUCGCAGCUGAAGGUCGAGACUGAUGCAGCACAGAGACCAGACCAUAAUACUGUCAGAUCCUGACCUGCAGCUCCAACAGCAACAAGGACAAACAGAAGACAUGGAGUUUCUCAAUCUGAUUGGCGCUUCUUUCAGGCAUCAGCCAAUGAGAAAGCACCACUUAAGUCUAUGCAAGAUUACACAUUUGGCGGGAAAUGCUACUCUGGGCUAGCAUGCUAAAUGACUAGCUUUUACACUUUAUACUUUAUUUAUUUCAUCUAUUCAUGGACACAAUAUGCACAGCUGAUUUGUCUGGAAAAGUGAACAAUAAAACAAAGACCUUUUCAAAAGAAAAAACAAACACAUGUUUAGCGGCAAAAGCUAUUCUCGGCUAGCAUGCUAAACAACUAGCUUAUAUACUUAUUUUUAUUUACUGCCUGGUGUAAAAGAAUACAUCAAAUUAAAGAGAAUGAUUCAUCAUCAGGCAAACAAACAUACACUUAUAAACGAUGAGCUUUCACAAAGAGAGAAUUCAGAAAAAUAAAAGAAAUAUGAAUAAUAAUAUUUUAUUAUGCUAACGCCAUUUUGGCCUGCUAAUACAAGUUAGCAUAAUAACAUGUUAUUCUUGACAGUUUUUUUUCUCUUAUUUUUAUCAUUAUUUUGGCAUGCUAAUACAUGUCAUGAUAGCAUUAAAGCAUUUUUAUUAUUCAUAUUAAAAACUAUCAACUAUCGUCUAUUUACAUUUUACUGGUGAAACCUUUAUGAUGUUAGGACCUAAACAUGUACCAGGCUCCUCACGGGUGAUGCAAACCUUAGCUUCUGCGGUUAGCGACUCUCUGUGCUCCCAGGAUGAAAACAUGCUAACGUGCUAAGAUGGCGCCUCGGAGGAAAGGACUAAGCAUCUCAAAGACCGGAGGACGGUGUCAGGGUGUAUAUAUCUGUCUUUGUGUUUCUGUAAUGUACUCAGAGUUUUAUAUCCGUGUUUCUGGAAAAUAAGAGACUAUUAAUGUUUUAUUCCCGUUGUGUUUGAAGGUGUGACUGUCAGGCACUGAGCUCUGUGGAUGAAUGUAAUUUAAAUAUUAAAAAGUUAUUAUUAUUAUUUAAUGUCAGUGUUUUCACCAGGUGUGUACAGCAGCAGGGCGGUGAA